AUGUAUCCUACCCACGUCGAGAUCUUGAACCAAGAAAUUGAUCCCGAGGAUAAGACACCAAGCUAUUACAGAAUUCUGGUGAACAGAAAGCACUUCAAAUAUAUCAAUAUCGAUCCAGGAAUAUACGAAGUCGAUGAUCUAUGCUUCCCGCCAAUCCUGGUGGAAAAUCUGCCGCCAUUUCCGGAAGGCGACUGGAAUUGUGGCCGCAUCUCGCAAACGGUGGGAAAUCCAACGCCAUUCUUCUCAGAGACUCUCAAGAAGACUCUUCCCUCAAUCAAUCCUCUGUGGCAUCCGAAGUCCUAUGAGUACCUAUCUUUUCAAAUCGGAGAGCGACUUAGAUCAAACGUCUACGUGGCAUCUUCUCCACAAUUCGAGAAGCCAAUAGUUACCAAAUUUGCAAGAUUCUACUGGGAGAUCGGGUACUACAUCGCUGAGACUCGAGUAUAUUCAUGGAUAGAUGGCCACAAUAUCGGCCCAGAGUUCUUGGGGUACUUAACUGAAGAUGGUCGGGUCAUCGGAUUCCUUAUCGAAUAUAUUGAAGGCCACCGCGCUACCAUUUCGGACCUUCCUGCCUGCAAGGUUAUCGUUAGAAAGUUGCAUGGCUUGAGCAUACUUCAUCGGGAUUUGAAUACGCAUAACUUUUUGAUUUCGGAAAGGGGCGCUGUUCUUAUUGAUUUUGAGACGGCAAAGCGGUCGGGGAAUGGCGAGACUAUGGAGAAGGAAGUCGAGGGACUAGAGGAGCAAUUGCUAGAUGAGUCUGGGACUGGUGGAGUGGUUCUGGAGGAGGAAGACAAUUGA